GGCGGAGGAAGUUCAGUUGAGUGGUGACGGACGGACGGACGGCUGGCUGGUAGGGGGGCGGUCAUGUGGACGACGGCACCAGCAUUACAACCCCCUCUCCUCCUCCUCCUCCUCCCCCACCUCCUCCUUCUGCAACUCCUUCUUGGUGAAGCUGUCGCCUCCACGGCUCCUCAACAUUCCUCCCCUCCAGAAUCGUGGUGGACGGCAUUAGAGAUCCCGGUGCCUCACCCACCAUGGCCACGCCCUCUGCCCACGGUAUCCCAUCUUCCUGACUACGAACAUGACGCCGUCGGGGGCUCUGCAGCUGACUUGGACUACCCUGAAUACCUGGUGAGUUCCCAGAACCUGGUGAGACCUGUGGAAACUUUGGGCAGUGGUGACGUGGUAGGCGAUGAGGACUGGGAAGGUUCUGGGGAUGCAGUGAGCACAGGCGAUCUGGUGAUCCCUGGAGACCUGGUGAACUCAGGGGAUCUAUUGAGCACCGGUAGCAUGGCGAACACUGGUAACCUGUUGCAUCCUGGUGACCUGGUGAUCUCCGGUGAUCUAGUUAGUCGAAAAGACCUGGUGAACACUGACGACUUGAUAAUUCAAGGGGAUCUCGUGCGCCCUGGAGACCUGGUGAGCACGGAAGGCCUCAACACCGGACGCACCAAGAGGAAGGUCAUCUCAAGUGGCGGCCACUACAUCGUGUGGAGCAGGUCGGGCACUUCACCCUGGAGCUCCACCGGCUACGAGAGCGUCGGCGAAUACAAGAUCAACAACAAUCGCGAGCACGGCUGGACCUCUCGCGGCAAGAUCGGUGACGGCGGCUCCAGGAGGACAACCUAUACGGCACCAACCCAGCAACCCAAGAUUGAACGACGCAAGUCCAGGAAGAAGCUCACCAAGUCGUUCAAGAGGGAGAUCGCGCAGUAUGCCAUGGUUUAUGGCGCCAAAAAGGCGGCCCUCCACUACGAGCAGACCAUUGGCAGGAGACUCAGAGACAGGGUCGUCAACAAGUUCGUCCAACGAUACCAGGAGAGACGAAAAAGAAAAAGAAGAAGAUUAAGGAGACGACUGAGUGGUCAAACAUGAAGACUGUAAGGUGUUGCAUGCCCCAAAUGACUUUCAGAGGUCCUGCGUAACCUCCACUUUAUCUUUACCUCAGCCAGGUUGUGUGAAGGGUGAGUGACCUGAGCCUCUGCCCUCUCCCUCGCCCACAUUGGGUAGCUACAUUUACUACACCAGGAACUACUUUAUUUUUUCUAGGUUAUAAAAUGUUAAUAAAAUAAAUAUACCAUAAAA